CGGAAUGAUCCAGCGCAAAAAUGCCCCAUAAAUGGGGUCACGUCUCAUGAGCCGAUCACAGGAGAGCUGGACUAAAGAGAGGUUGACAGAAGUUGGAAAACCUGAGGGUAGAAGAGGAGUGAGUUCAUUCAAGCCACGAUGAGAAUGCUGCAUGCUCCAACGUUGUUGCUGCCAGUUCUGCUGCUGUGGGCUGUGUGUAGCGUGUCUGAAGCUCAGGCGGAGGUAAGGACCGUCAAGCUGUGUGGCCGAGAGUUCAUCCGGGCGGUCGUCUACACCUGUGGGGGUUCUAGGUGGAGGAGGUUGAGCAGUCCGCAGGAUAUGGAAGAAGAGUCAAGGCUUUUUAAUGGAGAUCCGAGCAGUACUGAAGCUCUUAGUGAGGCUGUGGGAUCUGACCUGACCAGACGAGACCUAAAUAAUGUAAUGACAAACAUCUGCUGUCAGGUUGGCUGUAAGAAGAGUGACCUUGCGUUUCUCUGCUGAGGGCUGCCUUUCCUUAUGUGUCUUUGUUUUCUUUCUCAUUCAGUUCUGUAUUCAUAAAAGCUGAUUAUGAAGGCUUCUCUAUAAAGUGUACAGUGUUUUAAUUCAUGUGA